AUGGAGCCGCUUUACUCAGCGCGCGGAGCACACGCGGAGCACACACGCAUUCACACAGCACACAUGGCUGCGAAUAUAAGGCGAAUACUUUUUACCUUUAUCUGGAUAAAUACACUAGUUUCGAGUUCGAGGACGAGGAUUUAUCCACCUAAUGAAGGUAAGUUUAAGAAGAGGGAUACAGAUUUUGGGUUUCAGCUGUCCUGCGCUGCUGGGAGGCUGCUACGCGCAUUCACUGUGCGUCCUAUAGUGAAGAACAGGGGGAUUAUAUACAAUCAACUUUGAACCAGACUGAAAGUUAAAAUGAAAGUUGAAAACUUAAUAGCUGUUUUUUGGUGUUUUUAAGGAGAUUUUGCCUAUGUGGAGUUUUACAGUGCAUUUUAUCUUCCUUUGCUGUAACAAAAGUCCUUUGGUUCUUGGAUUUUUCCUUAUAAUAUUGCCAACAAGGCACAAACUGGAACAAAAUCUGAUGCCAAGGACUAUACUCUUCUCAUAAAUUAAUAAAUAAAUAGUGAUGUAAGAUCAAAUCAUAAUGCAUUAGUAAUGGCUGACACAAUCUGAUUAAUAGAUUGGAUCAGAAAUGUAGAUUCUUAUCAGAUCUCAUGUCAUCAAAACGUAUAUAAAAUAAUGCAUAUCAAUACAGUAUACUAUAGGCUACUAUACUAUACUAUACUAUCCCAUAUAGCUCAGUUUCCCGAUCACUAUUGAUCUUCUAUGGCUCUUAUUCACUGGUCGCUGCAUAAUAAUUCUUGAAUGUAUUCUUCAUUUAUUGAACCCCUGUACCCUGUUUACCCUCAAACCACCUGCAUGUGUGUGUGUGUGUUUUUGUGCAUGUGCGUUUCAGUGACCCUACUGGAUACCAGGACAGUGCCAGGAGAGCUGAAAUGGGCAGCCAGUCCUGCAGAGGGAGGGGUGAGUGGGAGCUCUUCUUCUUUUUUCCACGUAUUAAUUUAUUAAAUUUUACAGAUACUGUUUACAAAAUGUUCUCUUUUUGUCAAAAAAAGAAAAAAACACACACACACACACUCCCUCGAUCUCCCUCUCUCACACAAACAAACACAUACUUGCACACACUUGGUCUGGAAACUGUAAAGAAUCAUCCCACAGAUUUUGAAAUGUGCUGUUGUUCAGCGAGCCUAAGUGCUAAUAUGAGCUCGCUGGCGUCGUGUUUGGCACAGCAGAAAGCAUAAACCAGCUUGGUGGUGGGUGUCAUUUUUUAGGGAUUUUUACUACCAAGCCUUUGCCAGAAUGUAUCCUGGAAAUAUCUUUUUGAUUGUACAUCCUCUCAUCUUUUUAAAUUUUUGUUUGGUACAUUUUGAUCUGCCAUCUUUAUGCCCUUCCUCUUCCUCCCUCCCUCUCUUUUUGCUCAGUUUCUCUCUUAUUCAGCUCUUUGUCGGUUUAAGAGUUAUUGGUGAACUUGACUCGUAUUUCUUCCGUCACCAUGCUCUUUUUCUCUCUCAUGCUGUUUGAUUGACGGGGUCCUGGUCUGCACGCACUGAGCUUUUGAUUACAGGCACCCCCCACCUUCUUGCAUCCCAUAGCUACGAACACACAGACACACAAAACACCAUCUCUGUAUGGUUGGGGCAAAGCUUCUUUUUCCUCUGACAGCUGUGAUAUCUGUCUGCUGACAAAGACUCAAAAAAAGACGAGACAAGGAGGCAUCAUACCCCCUGACAGCUUUUUUUCUUACAGCUUUCCUCCUCCAUACACAUGCCCAGCAAAGACAGGCACACAUAACACACAAACACACAAAGAUGUGGCCAUGUGCUCAUGCUUUCGCUCAUGCCAGAAGGCUUUCUAGUGUACGUACUGUACAGAGGAGGAAUUCACAGCGAUAGACUGAGUAGACAGAUGGAUCAGUGUUUCUCUUUAAAGGCUAUACAGAUGUUAAUAUUUGUGAAUAAUGAAAUUUGAACCACAGUGGACCAGUCAGUGUUCAAACAUUGAAGUUAUCUGUGAAAAACACAGUUAUUCUCUCACUUUGGUACAUUUUACUCAUUCAAAAUAAAAGAUCGUUUUGAAAAAAUAAUGAAAUACAUUCAAAAACACAAAAUAAGAAUUAAAAUCAAGAACCUUUUAUUCAGAUUUGCUCCGAUUUCUUUGGAGCACAAAGAAAAACAAGCGUAAACAUUGUAUUCCCUCACUUUUUUCUCUAAAGCUUCAAACAUACAUCCCAAAGUAUUGAUUUAUCCAUGUAUUCUUGAUAAGCCAACAUCAGCCAAUAAGAUGGCUCCUGAUGACAUAUCGAUCAAGCUCAAUUAGACACACACUUCAUACAGAUCCCACCCCUAACACUCACACUUUCCCUGACUCUCCCUCUCUUUUUCUCUCCGUGGACACGGUGCAUUUAGUGUGUAUACAGCUCUCACUGCUGCAGAUUAUUAUUCAGGGGCAAUAAAAAGCCAAUUUGGAGUUGGGAGGCUCAGCGGUCAUUUGAAGGGUCACAGUACAAGGCAAACAGUCGGCUCUAUUGAGAUAGAUGGUGCAGUGAAGGUUGAGCUCGAUUCAAUCGUAUGAAAAUCUGCCUGUUAAAAACCUUGGAGUUGCAACAAAUCUGAACCCCUGUACACUGCAGGAUAUUGGUGCACAAACGCGUGUUAGCUUGUGCGAAGUCAGACAACAGGAGCAGUUCAGCCAGGGCCACAUUUGUCAAAAAGAAUUAAUUACUUGCAUGCAGUAGUUAUUUACGGCAGCAUGGCUCUAUCUUGAGAGCUCUCUGCCUUUUACAUGAAUGUGAGGAAUACCAAAGUAAACCACCUCACAGUUUCAUGUGCAGAAAUGGAAAGCAAAGGCAGGGAGAGCCGCAGCAAAGACCCAUACAUACAUACGACUCUGGUAAAAUGUGGAAGAAGGAGCCAAAGAAGGAAAGCUGAAGCAGUUUAAAUAGAACGCCCAUUUUUACAUUUGCUAAUUGGAUGUGUUGAAAGUAAUGAGCUGAGCUGUCAGCUGAUAUGGGCUGGUGUUAGGAUCAGCUGAUGCACUAAUCUUGACUUCAUAGCCUGCCUGGACUAACAUUGCAUUCCCUUUAACCAAAAGGGAGUGCUUCAUCUGAAAUAUUGUGGCAUUUCAUUAAGGGCUGUCUCGAUACAAUAUUGAUAUUGGAUAUUGGUCUGAUAUCAGCUCAAAAAAACAAAUAUUGAAUUAUAUUGGCAUGCAUCUAAAAUCUCUGAUAUCAGCACUUCGAUUCUAUGCACUGAUCUGUUUUUUUUCUGAUCCAAUCUGAUACCAAUACCUGGGCUGGCGUAUCAGCCGAUAUCCGAUACCGAUCCAAUACUACUGUUGAAUGAAUGAACUGUAUACCUUGCCCUGUGAGUGAAGGCAUCAGGCUUGACAUUAGCCUUGUUUAAAAAGAAAGGUAACAAAUUCACACAGAUGUAAAUUUACUUAAUAUUAUUUAUUGAUAAAUAACAAAUUGCACAUUAGCACACAGCAAAAAAGAAGUAAGACUUCUAUGUUUUAAAUGAAAAAUUAAUUAAAAGAAAAAAAAGACUGGAUCGGAACGGUGGAUCGGCGUCAUUCAUCCGAUAUCUGAUCCAGUUAAUAUGUCAAUAUUGAAACCGAUAUUCUAUCCAAAUAUCGGACCAGUGCAUCCCUAUCUGAUACAAGCAGUCCAUUCCAGACUCCACUCCGUCACCUCUAGCUAGCAGCACCCGGAUCAAGCAUCCAGUCGGCUGUGUGGCAGAAUUUUUCGUUAAAGUCCGCAGCUGAGUCUAAAACUUGCACAAUUUUCUAUAGAUCAAUAUCGGUCUCGGCCAAUACUGAAGGCUACAAAUCUGUAACGUAUUGGAAGUGAAAAAGUUGUAUCGGGACACCCCUGAUUUUAUUUUUCUAUGAAUAGAAAUUGUUCUCAGGUUGAUAGACUGAUCAGCAAAGUUCUCAAGAGAGUCUGUUUUAGAGUCAUGUGUUAAAGCUUGUAUCUGUGAGAGCUAAAGAUUAGAGUCCAGAUUGAAAACAGCUUUCAGAUGUUUUAACCUUCCCAUGACAAUCAAGUUAAAGCCACACUUGGGCCCUCAUUUAGCUCCUAAUUAUGUUACGCAUGCCAUCCGCAGAGGCUAUGGUCCUUCAAACAGGCGGCUCUUUGCCACCCCCACUCUCACUUCCUACAGUGUCGCACUUUCCUUCUUUGUCCAUUGUCUUAUCUUUUCAGUACAGGCAGAAGAAGUCACGAAAUAACCUUAAAAUAAAAAGCUUUGGUCACAUUUAUUUCAUUUGCAGCUGUGUCCAGGAAGCAAAAAAGUACUUUUGAGAAACUCUGACAUUAGAUCUUCUGAGUCAGCAACCCUCUAAAGACAACAUUACUCAUAAUCAGAUAUGGGUGUUUGAUAAGAAGAGAUUCAUUGUGCUCUUAACUGCUUGGCACUAGAUCUGUUUUAUAUCUUUGUUAACGAUAGAUGGAUAAUGAUCGCCUCAAUGCCGCAUUCAUUUGAAUAACAUAGCUAUCUACGAGCUAGCUGCCCCACUUAUCUCAUUAAGAAACAAAAGAAAAAACAACCUGUUUUAAAAAAAAGCCGAAAGUGUGCAGUUCUUUGUCUGUUCUUUAAUAGAGCUGUUUGUGCGUUUAUUCACAGUGGGAAGAGGUUAGUAUUAUGGACGAGAAGAACAUCCCCAUCAGAACUUACCAGGUGUGUAAUGUUUUGGAGCCCAAUCAAAACAACUGGUUGAGGACGGACUGGAUCCCUCGGUCAGGUGCUCAGAGGGUCUACGUUGAAGUCAAGUUCACCCUGAGGGACUGUAACAGCCUGCCUGGGGUCACUGGCACCUGCAAGGUACAGAAAGCCUGCUUCAAACAUGCUAACAGUGCUCAUGGGUUGUGGUAUGAAUGUGGCGUAGUAAGAAAUUUCAACAAAAUUUUAAAAAGUCUGGUCUUUUUUUUACCUGCUAACUUUUAAGCUGAUUAGUUAAAGGACAGAUUGAUGCUGAUGAAGCUUUAUUAUAUACUACAGCUGCUGGUUUCUCAAGCACAAACUCCCCUUUUGACUCCUCAGACUGAGAGAAAAGAUGAACGUUGAUGAUGAUAAAUAGACACCUCAGUCUGACUUUUUCCCCGUACUUCUUUUCUUGAAGGAGACAUUCAAUCUGUACUACCACGAGUCGAACGAAGACAGAGAGAGCUACAUCAAAGAGAGCAGCUUCAUUAAAGUGGACACCGUGGCAGCAGACGAGAGCUUCACUCAGGUAUCACUGAACAACUGAGUCAGGCUUUGACUUCACCAUCCUCUCUCCCCAACUCACUUUAAUUUGCUCUUAUCUUGAAAAUAAAACUCCUGGGGGAUUUAGCUGUGAUUUUUAAUUUGUUUUACAAGCAGUGUGUUUUGGAUGUCCAUUUUGCCACCCUGGGAAAGUUGCCAGUUUUUUGGGCUUUGUCUUUACUUAAAUUACUACUGGUUUCAGCAUUGUCUGCAUUACAGUGUGCUUUACCUUUGAUAUCAAAGGAAAUCAAUCUGGAUAGAAGCCAAAUGCUGAAAAAGUGAAGAUCUGCUGUGGUUCAACAGAAACUCCCACUUCAAUUAUACGGAAAACAAAAACAUAAAUCGAAUGCAUCAAGUCUGACACAGUUUUCUGCACUUUCCAUUAAUGCAACUCCAUCCUCUAUCCAGGUGGACGUCGGUGACCGCAUCAUGAAGCUCAACACUGAGAUACGGGAUGUAAAGGUCACGACCCGUAAAGGUUUUUACCUGGCCUUUCAGGAUGUUGGCGCCUGCAUCGCUCUUGUUUCUGUCAGAGUUUUCUACAAAACCUGCCCACUCACUAUCCGGAAUCUGGCAACUUUCCCCGACACUGUCACUGGGGCUGAUACGUCUUCCUUGGUAGAGGUCAGGGGGUCAUGUGUCAACCAAUCGGAAGAGAGAGAGGAACCUAAAAUGUACUGCGGCGCUGACGGAGAGUGGCUGGUUCCUAUUGGUGGUUGUCUCUGCAGUCCAGGAUAUCAGGAGAAGGGAGGGACGUGUAAAGGUUGGUUCAUUUUAUUUUCUGCACUCAAGCUGAGCUCUCUUCUUCUCUUUUAUUGUGAAACCAUAAACCAUAUAAAAUGUGGACGUAGUCACUGUGACAUCAUCCAGUUGUAAUGAUCUAUUCAGACUAAAACCGUUUUUGGACCUGGCUGUAAACGUGCUUUUGUGCUGUAAAGGUCGACUUUUUGAAUGAGUGUAUAUGUAGUUUCUGGUGCUUUUGCAGCUAGUCUCAAGUGGACACUUGGGGAACUGCAGUUUUCAGCACAUCUGCAUCAGCUCUACUUCUGAAGACCAGAGGUUGUUGCACAGGUGCAAUAUCUGAGUCUUAUGAUGUUUGAGUAAAAGUCACAGUACCCAGUAAACAGAGAGAGGAUAUUUAAUUAGUGCUGAGAUUUUUACCUUUUUUUAAUGAAUCGGGUCAGCUUUAUGAAAGGGUUACGUUUUGAAUUGGUGUGCUCUUGAAGGAGAACAACACAUUUGGUUAUCAGCAGGUUGAAGUUGGUGUUAAAAUAUGAAAACUUUCCAUAACUCCCAAGAAAUUAAUUCAUUUGGUUAUUCCCCACUUUCUAUUUUUAAUAAACUGAGUUAUAAAAUGAUUCUUGGCAAAUUUGGUUUAGAGAUAGGAUUGUUUUACAAGACCAUUUUAGAGUUGUAAUCUAGCUUUUGAGGCUACAACCUUUGUCGCAGUUUGGAUUCCCUGCCUAAAGACACCCUUUGAUGCAUGUUACUCCCCUGCUCUCUGUCCCCAUGUUCCCUGCUUGUCUUUGGCUGUCUUAACUUUUAAAGGGAUAAAAAGACAAGGCGAUGACAAUGCCCCUCUCCAGCUCUCUAAACUGCCUUGUUAAUAUAAAAUUGGAGUCAGAAGAUAUUAAAGGUUGCAAAUGAUGAAAGUGCUUGCUUGGUCCUUUCAUAAGGGGCCAGAACACAAAGGUUAAAGGUUAACAAGAAGAUUCAAGUAAAUAACUGCAUAGAGACAGAAAACAAUUAGAUGUGUGCCAUCUUGUUUAAUGUUAUUCAGUGAGCAUUUGGACCAGGUUUGGUCAUGUCAAAAAAAAUUUGAUAUUAGUAAUUAAAGAAAUUAAUGCCAGAUAAAUCCAGUUCUAAGUUCAAUCAUAUAUACUUUAUAUUGUCGGUGUCUUGAAGUCUAUUCAUGCUGGGUCCAGAGACUUUGACAGGAGAAGUAGAGACAACAGUGACUCCAACAGUAUUUGACUAUGUGCGCUGUAGAUGUAGACACCAAGAGUAAACACCUGUUUGGUCUGUUUGUAAAGCUGCAGCUUUCAUCACUAGAACCCGCAUUGUGCCUGUGUUUUUGUGACACAGCAGCGUGAUAGGGAUGUUUAUACUCUGCAGACUGUACAUGCACAGUCUCUGUGGUUUGAGGUCUCACAGAGGUAGAUCUCUAUUUUAACUCAAGCGUCACUAAAGUUUUCCUCUUCUGUUGCAAUUAAAUGGUGUAACAUUCUUCACCUUCCGUUAUUUACACUCGGUCUACCAAAAAUCUGCAACUACUAGAAUGACCAUAGCAGUCAUUUUGACUGUUCAGUGGUUAUUUGCACAUAAUUUGAAUAAUCAACAAAAAAAACUAAUAAUAAAUUAGUGAAAUAGAUUAAAAAAAACACAUCAGUACACAAAAUGAAAAUUAUAAUGAAUGAGAUUUUUAAGAACCUUCCUCAAAAUACCAGGACACAUCAUUCCCUGAAGUUGCUCGGAUUUUUCUUCUUCAAAGCGCUGAAGCAAGGCUUAAGUCUCCAUACUUGUCAUUUUUCUUCUAGUUGUCAUUUUUGAGUCUCUUGAGUUUUGAAUAAAGUUAUAGCAAGAUUUUAGCUUUACAGAGCUUAAAAUACAAAACAAACAAUAGAGCAGGAGAAAGAGCGGGAAAAUGUAGCAAACAGCUAAAUAUAACACCCUUUAUAAAAAGUAUGCAGUCAAUUUGACUGCUCCGGUCAUUCGGGGUAGUAAUACUCACAUCUCUUUUGUGUUUUGAAAUUUUAAUGAUUAAACUAUGUUGGAAGAAAAUAAACAAACAUUCAGGAAAAGUCAGGGUGCGACUAGUGUAUAGGUUUUAUGUUAAAAAAGUUAUGACAUUGUAAAUUUUGAAAGCAGCCAAAAUGACUUCCUUGGUAGUUUGAGUGUUAAAGAGCAGCACACACAUGGUGGUGACCGUCAAAACUGUGUAAAACUGUAUUUUUAAGGGGUGGAAAUGGUGGCGUAUUCUUCCAAAUUUCUCCAAAUAAAAGAAUGUUUUUCCAAUUUGAACAUCCUGAUACUUCUUUUCAGUCUGAAUAUAUUAAACUUUUGCACCUCGCUGUCUUGUUAGAAACCAAAUAAGAUGGAGUAUUUUUUUUUUUAAGUUUAUAGCAGAAAGAAGAAACAACAGUUGCUUUUUAGUCUGCUUUUCCAAGUAACAGAUUACUGUCAGUAAUCGCACUGUAGUCCAUCGUCUGAAUACCACUUCUGUUUGUCUAUCAUCAGUAUCUCCAACAUUCUCAUUUUCGUCUUUUAAUAAAUCCAACAUUUGCAUAGCUUUUUAAAUACUGUUCUUAAUAUUGCUGAGGUCUCAGUAUGAGCUGUUCUGACACAAAAACAACCAUCUGUACAAUUUUUUCACCACUUACAAAUGUGGUCUGAACUUUAGGGUCACAAAUACUCAAGCUGUUCACACCUCACACCAACAUGUGGCAAAGAUGACGUGUAAUGUUUGAGAAUGACUGUCGUGAUAGUGAGGACUUCUCAAUCUGUGCACCAGUGUGAGAAAGUGGGUUGAACGGGGGACAACAGACUCGGAGGAGACACUUUUACAACAUGGCUUCACUCCCCCUAUUCAGUCCUAUACACAACAGACACACAACAUGUUCGUUUGAGCACAUACACACACGCAGAUGGGCCAAUAGAGAAAAAGAAGAGCUGCUCACUGAUCUGCUCCCUCAGUUUUAUUUAUGAAGCCUGUCCCAGCAGGCUAAUUGUAUAACAAACAGACCCAUAAUUCAAAGAGGAAAAAAGAAAUGCUGAGAAAGAGAAAGACGGAGAGAUGAGCAUAAAGACAGGAUGCAGUCAGUGCCAGUUGGCGAAGAAGAAGGAAAAAAAAAAAACUUGACUUUUUUUCUUCUUUGCAUUAAGAAGCCAAAACUCUCCUUGUGACAAACGUUCCCGACAACCUUCACCCCAUUUGGCCCGUUUGUUCUCUGUGAAAAGGAGGCGGAGGUUGGCGGGGUGGUCCCUGAGGCCUGAAAGAUGUUCCUCCUCAACUAGAUUUAAGAGAGACCCUUGACUCUGUUGAACCUCAAGCAGAUGUGAAGUGCCAUCUAUCUGUCCGCCGCUCUCUUCUCCAUCUUCCUCGCUCUCGCUGCCUGUCAGUGUUGUUGGCCGGGUUCAGCUGCCUCAGUGGAAAUCCAUCAAAGUCUGGAUGAAUACCGAAUGCAUCUUGGUGGAAAAAAAAAACUCUGACCCUGCAGUAUUGGAUAGGGGCCUUAACGUUUCUCCCAUUUUAAGUUUGAGAUUCACAGAGAAAGAGAGGGGGAGGAAGGGCAGAGAGGGAUGGAGGGAACAGGCAGAUAGAUGAGAGUAGAUUUAGAUCCUCGGUCUCUCAUGCCUUUGCUGAUGUCGAAAGGUUUCUGGAUCUCUCAGACUCUUUGUCAGUGUAACUCACUCAGUUACACUCAAGAAGACUGACAGAAAUUGAGUAAAUAUAGCUGAGACAGAGACACCAGGGACUCCUGCUGGGUUCAUUUAGGACCAUACAAGAAAGGCAGAAACAUAAAUCUAUCUUUUAUCUUUUAAAGGGAGACUUAAACAGUUUGGAAUGUUAUCCUUUUCAUUUUUGGCCAAAAGUACAAUGAAAAGAUUGGAAAAUCACAACCUCAAAGAAAUGUUCCCUAAAAAUAAACCUGUGAUAUGAUGGCAGCUCAUCUCUUCACCUUGAUAUGGUUUUUAAACAUUGACAAAAACAUUUUUGGGGGUUUGGUUUUGUCAGUUGUAGAUUAUUCUUUCUUAGUUAAGUUUUUAAGAACUGAAUACACAGCCUGACUAGCUGUUUCUAGUAACCACAC